AUGGUGUCGUAUAUGGUCAGAAUUCAACCAAUCCUACUUCAACAACCGCGCGAGCAAGCGCUGAUCGUCGACCAAGUGCCACAUUCGAGCGACACAAAGCUGGCCCUGCACGAGUGUGACUUGCGCGAUUUAAAGGCGGUGGCCAACUUUGCUCAGACAUUCAAGGAAAAGCAUCGGCAGAUCGAUCUUUUCAUUGGCAACGCAGGCGUGCUGCAUCCGAGGGAUUCGUGGACCGAUCACGCCGCAGUUGAUGGGAUGAACGUGAACGUCGUUGCCCAUGCUGCGCUAAUCGAGAUACUGCGCCCAGUGCUCGCCCGGGACCAUCGAGUGUUGCUUAUGGGCUCAUGUUGUAGCCAUGCCUGCCUGGCGACGAAUCGAAUCAAGACUGAUUCCUCCUUCCUCUACGACGCUCAUGGUCCGUAUCAAGCCUACGCGUUCUCGAAGUUGCUGCUUGCCGUCUACGGCGAGAUGCAUGCGCAGUCGAUGCACAUCACCCAUCCGGGCGCUACCCUCUGCGUCGUCCACCCGGGCGUCGUGCCGAGCGCCUUGUAUCGAAAGACGAAUCCGUUAACCCGUCUCGCCAUUGGGUAUAUGCUGCCGUUGAUCGCGAGGAGCGCUGAGGAUGCGGCCAUUCUUUCCCUGCAUACGGCUUUUCGCGAAGACGUCAAAAGUGGCCUCUACUUUGAAGAUGGUCAGCCGACUUCAGUUGGACGGGACUUGGAGAAAGCUACAAAGAUGGCUAUAAUGGUAAACGUAAAAAAAGGCGUGAUGAUCACGUGCGACCCGGCGAUGCAAAAGCUGCUCGUCCAUCUCGAUGAGACGCGAGCGCUCGGCAGCCAAUUCAUUGUAAAGGAGCUCGACGAGACACACCUGAUCGUCGACAAGGACAUCGUCCCUACGAUUGAGGCCAAGAUUGACGAGCUGAUGGAGCAAAUGAACCCCGAGGCCACCGAGAAA